CUAAUAGCGACGGUUUGGUUCGCUCGCGCUUUCAGUUGGUAAUUGACACUUGAUUUGACCGGCAAGAUUUUGAUCGUGCUCCCCCUUUAAGUUGCAAGUGAUCCUAAAUCAUUCAUCAAUUGAACCAUGAGUAACUUUGCGGAUAUUGUUCAACAGCUUAACACCGCCUUCAGCAGUGGAAGGACCAGGGAUGUAGCAUUCAGAGAGAAGCAGCUACAAAAUCUGCUUCGAAUGUACGAAGAAAAUCACGCCGAAAUGGCUCGUGCUUUGGCAGCUGACCUGAGGAAGCACAAGCAGGAAGCUUACCUGAUGGAAAUCGAAUUUCUCAUGAAUGACCUUCGCAGCACGAUUUUUAAGCUGCGCGAUUGGGUCAAACCGGACAGGCCGGAGAAAACGAUGGUCAACAUGAUGGACGGUGUGUUUAUCUACAAAGAUCCGUACGGUGUGGUGCUGGUCAUGGGGGCCUGGAACUAUCCGCUGCAGGUUACGCUGGUUCCGGUUGCGGCGGCCAUUGCCGCGGGGAACUGUGUGCUGAUUAAGCCCAGCGAGGUGGCCCCUGCUACGUCGCGGUUUAUCGCCGAAACGAUUCCCAAGUAUCUGGAUCAGGAUUGCUACCGCGUGGUGGAAGGCGGCGUCAAAGAGACCUCCGAACUGCUGAAGCAAAAGUUUGACUACAUCUUCUACACCGGGUCGGGACGCGUGGGACGAAUUGUGCAUCAGGCUUGCAACGAGAACCUGACGCCGUGCACGCUGGAACUGGGCGGAAAGAGUCCUUGCUACAUCGACAGCACGGCAGACAUUGCGAUCGCCACCAAGCGAAUCCUGUGGGGCAAGUUCAUCAACGCGGGUCAGACCUGUAUCGCGCCGGACUACGUGCUGUGUUCCAAGUCGGUCCAGAAGCAGUUUCUGGAGGAAGCUCGCUCGGUACUGAAGGAGUGGUACGGCGAAAAUGCCAAAGACAGUCCAGAUCUGUGUCGCAUUAUCAAUCAGCAACAUUUUCAACGUCUCAGCUCCAUGAUCAAGGGGGCAAACGUGGCGAUCGGAGGGGACAUGGAUGCCAGCGAAAAGUACAUUGCCCCGACCGUCCUGAUCGAUGUCAAGGCGGGUGAUCCGGUGAUGCAGGAUGAAAUAUUUGGUCCCAUUUUGCCGAUCCUGACCGUGGAGAGCCCCCAGGAGGCUAUCAACUUCAUAAAUGCCAGAUCACAAGCACUUGUCGUGUACAUUUUCACCCAAGACGCAACGACUCAAGAGCUGUUCAUUCAUCGUACCACUUCCGGAAGCAUGUGUCUCAACGAUACCAUUAUGCAGUAUACAGUUGAAUCCCUGCCGUUCGGCGGCGUCGGCCCGAGCGGAAUGGGCGCCUACCACGGCAAGUACGGCUUCGAUUCGUUCACCCACAAAAAGUCCUGCCUGAUGAAGGACUUUAACGCGCUCGGGGAGAAGCUGGCCUCCUCCCGCUACCCACCGUACUCGGACAGCAAGCUGUCGUUCCUGAGCACGCUGCUCAAGAAGCGCCAGGGCUUCUCGAUCCGAUUCCUGCCGUACGCGCUCAUGUUCGGCGUGGGCGUGGCGUCCGCGCUGAUUGUUCAGUGCAUCACUGAGAGACGAAAUUAAUCAAAACAAACUAUUUUUAUUUCAAUAAAAUGUUGCCGUGUUGAC